GCGGUCACUCGAAUAUCUUGUCAAUAUAAUAGACAAUCCUUGGUCACCUGCGCUCAAAUGUGAAAGCCUGUGAUUGGACGAUGUUGCAGUUGCCGCGCUCUAUAUAAUUUUUGGCCUGGUCAUCGGUCAUCUAUUCCUACAGUGCAAUUGCUAUGGAUACCACAAUGGUGUUUGCAAAGAGGGAAAGGAGUCCAUUCACAUGAUAUACCGAUCAGUAUUAAUACGCAGGCGUCAGUCGGUAUUUGAAACCCUGUGUAGCGUUGCUUCGAAAGAGCUGUGAUGAAAAUACUAGAGAAUAGAUCUUUCUCUUCAAUAAUGAUUUACAUUCUAUGCCGGUGUGGGUAAAUGUAGAGCAACCGUUUGCAUAAUUAGUCUACAUUUGUGACGCGCGCUGUUACSGUGCGGUGCUUGCGGUCUGCACCUGUUCACUAACAUGCCCGUGGUGAGUGCUCCAUCUGCGUAGGAAACAUCACUUUUUGACAUUUUAAAGCCUUUUAUUUGCAUUAAAUAGAUAGCGCGUUAUUUCUGCCGAGUAUCUACAGUAAGGUCUGGUUUAGGAAUUAUGCCAUGUAGACAAGCRAACGGCUUUGUUCAGACCAGUGAUAAUAGCCUUUAGUUUCGUAAGGCGACGUUGUGGACAUUCUGUGAAGAAGGCAAGACGCUAUAGAUCGCCAUAGUGUGCAGUUCCGCGAUGCUCGGCCAGUCACCUCACCUUAUUGGAGGCAUCUUGUGGAUCCAGAAUCCAAUGAGAGCUGUCCACUGCAACCUGAGCCAGAAUGGGAUGGACCACCAGAUGUGCCCGGACGAUGUGACCUCUCACCUGGAGGAGGAGCCUCUGGACCAGGGCGCCAUGCUGGACGACGACAGCCCCACCUAUCAGGACGUGAGCCCCGGGUACCAGCGCCGCUCACCGCCCCAGCGCUCCGUCUCCGAGUCAGAACUCUCACGUUCGGGGAACGUAAAGCUGUCCAAGCCGGUGGCCCUGUGGACCCAGCAGGACGUGUGCAAGUGGCUGAAGAAGCACUGCCCCAAGCAGCACCAGAUCUACAGCGACUCCUUCAAGCAGCAUGACAUCACAGGACGGGCUCUGAUGAGAUUGACGGACAGGAAGCUGGAGCGAAUGGGCAUCAUGCAGGAGGGCCAACGGCAGUACAUCCUCCAGCAGGUCCUGCAGCUCCGCGUCAGAGAGGAAGUCCGAACCCUGCAACUACUCACGCAAGCCUCUCUGGAGUGUUCUCCGUAGCCCGGGCGUUCCAGUACACCAGCUGCCAAAAAGGACCCAGUCUCUCUCGGACCUCCUACAUCUGACCCCCUCCCACCACCAAUCAGAGCUGUCCUGACGCCAACCUUAAUCCUAACUUCAAUCUUAACCCCAUGCUUAGUCCCAAAACCUCAAACCUUCACACAAGUAAAUUCAUUGGCUUGUCCAGUGACUUAUCACAGACAUUCUAUCACUUUCUUGCCUUUAACCAAGCAUUUCCACUACAUUUGUCCCUAUGCCAUCCCAACGCUCCUACCCCUUCUGAAGCACCACUAGCCCAGGACAUUCUGAGAACAAGCAUCAAGAGCUGGACAUCUUAUCAACCCUCAACCGACGAUCCAACUACAAAGACUGUGGAGAACAACGACAAAACACACAUGUCAAAUAUGGCAUCGACUUGAAAAAAAACGUCUAUGUUAAUUCCUCCAUGUCCGUCCUAUGUGAAUACAACCCCCAAGAUACACCACUGAGCCGGUGUGUAACAUUCUGUUGACUUCUAAUGGUGACUUUAUAGACAUAUUGGGUACACCAGCCUUUCGCUCGUACCCUCCGUCUUCUCUCUCUCGGUCUCUCUCGCGCUCUGUCCUCACUGACUAUAUCAGCGCAGCGAGAGGGUGACACAUUUUGCACUUCUAUAUGUUCCCUUUCUCCUUCACUCUCUCUCUCUCCCUCUUUUUCUGACUGUUGUCUGCAUUGAUUGUGUGCAUUGUCAGUGUCUGGGCUUGCCUGGUGAACAUAUUGUCUCUGUUGUCCUAUCUGUGUUCUCUGCCCUGCUCCACUCUCUCCCUCCUUCACUUUGUGGGUCGCUCUCUCUCAGCGCAGUCAGCCAACCCAACCCAUGUGAGAGAACUUCACUGUGAAUACAUCCAGGUGUGGCAUGGAGAGAGAGAACCAGGGGGAAAUAAAUGACUGAUAACCUACAUGGGACAAUUGGUGGGUUGAGAGAUGUGGUUGAGAGAGAACCAGGCAAGUGCUUCUCUACUGAUGAAGAGAACAUAAAGAAGAAAAAUAUCACACUGAAGACCCCCCCCCUCUCCAUUUUAAUUAUGAGCUAUAUUGAAAAUAGUGUAGAAAGGAAAAUGUACCAUGUGCAAAAAAAAAAAAACAUCCAGUGUCUGCCAAGUCUAUCAGAGACAUGGCAUUUAUCUCCCUCGUUGUUUUAUGACAAACUAACUCUUUGCUGUAACUGUUAAUGUGAAAUGGCCAUUCACUGUUAAUAUAAAGGCCUUUUACUGUACUUAGAAGCACAUGGAACUGUCAUGCCAACAAUCCAGUCAUUGCUUGGGCCAUCGUCCCCUAUAUGUGUUUUCAAACCCUGUAGCCAGUAAUGAACUGUAACUAAAGCCAGUAUGCUGGAGUGAUUCCUAUUACCCAUCUAUCACUACCACUGUAGCAUGACCUAUUGUCACCAUCACAACUUCCUCCCCGUCAAGAAAUGAAAGUAGGGGAAUUCCAGCCCUGGAGAGCCAUUGGUUUAGCUGAAUUUAAUUGCAACAUUGGGUCUUGUGUUACGAGUGCCCAUUGUUUGGAUUGGAGCUUGGCUUAUGCUGUGUAGUUGGUGGUUGGCCCAUUAGUAGCAAAUGUAAUAGUAUUGAUUAAACCUUCAGGACUGUGUAGACCUACAGGCCUGGAAUAGCCCAUCCCUGACAUUGGAGAGGUAAGGAAUGCGGACACUUACAGUCACAUGGGAUAAAGUCGUUCUUAGCUAAAACACAAGUGGCUAUUUCAUGCUUCGGUAGAGAUCGGGUGUCAGUAUCUCUCUUGGCCAGUGGGGGCUGCCUGCUUCCAGUUGGGAGACCUGGCACCUUCUUUUCACAUCAUCUGGAUGUCGAUAGCCGAACUGGGGGAAGUAGGCUACAGUAUUAACCCAGGGCAUUGUUUGGAUAAAGAAAAAAACUCCUGGAACUGUAACAUGGGCUGCCCCUUCCUGCCAACUAUAACUUGGCUGUAAAUGAGUUAUUUAGUAAAGGACGUAUGAUGACUUUGUAUAUGGUAGCUCACCAUGUGACUUUCAGGGUAUUUCGAACCUGGGUCGUGUUCAUUAGGGCACACCGGAACCAAAAGUGUUGCAACGGAAAACAAGGCCGAGCGUUUCUUAUUGGACAAGUCCAGGUAGUCCCUCCAUGUUUGAACCCAUUUUCUCCCGUUUGGUGCCUAAUGCACAUGACCAUGCCAGCUCUGCCAAGGUGCCCGAGGACUUGCCUGAACUGGCUCUUUCCACAACCCCCUGAUACAUUUUUUACGCUUUUGGAAUUUAUUCAUUGGCACUUUACUAGUGCACUGUUACUCAAGAGAAACCUUAUACUGAGCCUCACUUUCUUAUUACACAAGACAAACCUUAGUACAUCACCCACACAUACAUGCAAAUGGAAGCAGACUUACGAGGGAUUAUGUGACUACACAGUCAGACAUUACAUUCACAGGUGUAUAUAAAUACAUAUGCCUAUAUUAUGCACGCGCAAACACAAACACACAUAGGACACACACAUUAACACACUUAAACGAAUACAACUGUUAAAGGGAUAGUUUGGGAUUAUGUUUCGAGUCCAGUAUAAAGGAAGUUGGCAUUGGCUCGUGAAACUACCUCUAACUAGUUUAGGGCAAAGACUACAACCUAUCCCUUUACAGUUUUUCUCAAUCGCGUACAAGCAGUUUUUGUGUCUGUGUUGGAACAUCUAUAGCAGAAAACCGCAAUGAUGAAAUGCUCAAAUACAUUUACAGAACUUCUGGUCAUUUUCUUGCCUUAAUACCUGACUUGCAUAUCUUAGCAAAACGUUUAAUUCAAAUGUCAUCAGUGAAUACAAAAUGUACUGUUACGUGUUCUGUUCACAUAAUAUAACACAAUUAACGGCCCUGCUACACUAUAGCCGUCUGGCGUUGUCAUCAGCUGUUGAGAAAAGGCUUCCUUUGAAAUCGAUGGAAGCUGCUUCCCUGUCAGUGUUGCAUCACGUCCAAUGGCAGCGUCCAAGCUCAAGAAUCGCCAUGGUUCAAUUGUUGAUGGCUGAUGCGCGAGUUCAUUCUAUCUUGUGAAUUGAAAUAAUGAGAAAUAAAGUUGAUUUUGGUUGCAUAUGGCUUUGACUACACCACUGGUUAUUUUACUAAGAUGUAUUAAGUUAAGAAGCUCCUACUAGCUAGCUACAUUGACUAGCUAGGUUCACAAUGUAAACAAAAGCAACUUCCGUAAUUAGAGAACAGAGAAUCAUUUAAUACAACUACUAGGAACAAGUUAAUCAGUAGUUCUGAAAAACUGGACAAAAUAUAUUGUACUUAGGCAUAAUUGAUGAAUACGGAACUGUACAUUUGGGGAAAAUAUAAUAAAGACGCUCUCAAAACAACGCGCUAUGUGACGCGACGCUGAUGGCAUAGCAACGAAAAGCUUAAAAUGGAGCUGUAGUGUUAUUUGUUUUUAUCAGGAGAGAAAUUUGUGCGAUUGUGUUCACUGUUUCCGGCAAUCCGUAUACUGCACACAAUUCUAAAUCACCCCAUCAGUGGCAUAUUAUGUAGCCCUAAAAUAUAUGGAAAGAUCUAGAAGACUGUCGGUACUGUCUAGUUGUUAUGACAUUAUUUUUGGCAAUAUUGCAGACAUUCAGAGAUACACAUAAUUAAGUAAUCAUGUGACCUUCCAUGAUAGAGCUUUGCUUUGGUGUGGAUUGCCUAUUCCUAUCAGUUGUGUUCCUCCAUUGUAUUGACCUUACCAUAUUUCUAUUGCGUAUGGUUUUUCUGUGAACCAAUGGAAAGUCUACAAAACAAUGAACAAACCAGCCUUUGUAUUGAGUACAUGGAAUUGGAUUGUGCUGAUACUGAUGAAUGAAUCGUGUGCACACAAUGUGCUUUUUUUUAUCAGGAAUAUUUGAUGAGUAUGAAAUUGUUUGGUGAAAUAUGCAUAAAAGGACAGAACUCUGCCCAGAACUCUGCGCCUUUGGAUAGUUGUACUUCUAAUUUUGAUCAUCAUGAUUUUGUGACUGUAAAGAAAAUGUAUUGAUCUGCUGGGAUUUGUAAAAGCCAGACUAAUUUCCUGUUUUGUCUGCUUGGACUCGAAAGAUAAGUAUGGUUGCGUUAAUCUUUCUGUAGGCAGUAGUGUUCUUUUGAUGAAUCUAUUAGCAAUGUUGAUGGUGGGCUAUAAUAUCAUUUUGAUGACUGUAUUUAUGUUUUGAGAAGGCAACUACAUUUUGAAAAUGCAUUUGACUGUUUUCCAAAGUCCACAGAGUUCUGUGUCUUGUGAACUCUGUUUUGAAAAUCGACAUUGUCCAAAAAAUGCUUGAAAUCGAUUGAGAAAAAACGAAUGUAUGAUUUUUGGACAGUUUGACAGCAUGUAUUUUUUUUAAACUUUCUGGUGUUUUUUGUAUCAAACAGGCAUGCAGACCAAGUCUUCAGCCCCUCCCCCCCAUCUACAUAUAGGGUGCCUAAUCAUGGAUAUCAAUUAAAUAUUAUAAAUAUCUUAAUAAAUCUAUUAACCUGUAUACUGUAGUGUACAUUACUGAGCAUA